UCCAUGGCAAUAGCAAAGGGCUUUUCUACACUGUCCCCCUGUGGCAGACGCCUCCUCAGUAGAAUAGCUGGUAGAUCAGCUCCAUAUCAACAGGCAAGAAUUAGAGCUCGCCCUGCCCAUGAGGAGCCAAACCCUGAGCCCCAACAAGAUGAAACCUUCUAUGAACCCAGCGGUGCAUCGAUGGUCGACCGAUCCCUGGUGCAAAGGGACAUCAGACUCUUCCUGAAAGAGUGCGGCGGGACACCCAAAGAGGCACGCCAUUGGCUGGCUCAGUUCCAGGACCUGCAUUCCAACUAUGAAAAGGCUUUUGCCAUAAUUGAGGUGGAUGAAAAUGUGUUCACCUGCAAAAGGUCUUUGGCCAGCGUGGCCUUUGCUCUCUCCUUCCUCCAGCGGAUGGAUAUGAAGCCGCUGGUGAUAAUGGGGCAGCCCAGCACAUACUGCAUUCGUCCCUCUUCUCAAGAUGCCAAGUCCUUGCUGGUGCAAAACUGUCAGAAACUGGUGAACACCAUGUAUGCCAGCUUAGGCACUGCGCUGCCUUUAUUCAAUGGAGGAUCUGUGCUCAUGGCCCGAGAACAAGAGGGAAGUUAUGGGUCGGUGCUUUCAGUUGACACAGAACUGCUCACCUGGUGCCUGAAUUCUGGCAAUAUCCCCAUCAUAUGCCCCAUUGGAGAAACCCCUUCCGGCCGCUCUGUCCUUUUGGAUUCUUUAGAUGUCACCGCCAGUAUUGCUCGUGUUCUGCAGCCCCUCAAGAUCAUCUUCUUGAACACAGCGGGGGGACUGAAGGACCUGAGCGAAAAGCUCAUUGGUCUUGUGAACUUGCCCUCUGACUUGGAACUGAUGAGGAAUGCAAUGUGGAUGAGCGAACGGCAGAGGCAACAAGUGACUGUCAUUGUGGACCUGCUCAAUCGCCUGCCCCACAGCUCCUCCGCGGUCAUCACCUCCGCCCGCACCCUGCUCGGUGAGCUUUUUAGCAACAAAGGAUCCGGCACCCUGUUCAAAAACGCAGAAAGAUUGCUGCGAUAUGAAUCUAUGGAGGACAUCAAUACCGAGAAGUUGGUCUCACUGUUGAACAGAUCCUUCCAGAAACCUCUAAAAAAAGAUUAUAUCAAGAGCGUGUCCUCCAGGCUGCACUCAGUGUACCUGUCUGAAGGGUACAACGCAGCAGCCAUCAUUACCAAAGAACCAGUAUUGGGAGGGACACCAUAUCUGGAUAAGUUUGUGGUGAGCUCUGGACAACAGGGACAAGGCUCCGGGCAAAUGCUGUGGGAGUGUGUGAGACAAGACUUGCAAACCCUUUUCUGGAGAUCGAGGGUCACCAACCCAAUAAAUCCAUGGUACUUCAAGAACAGCGAUGGAAGUUUCACCAACAAGCAGUGGAUAUUCUUUUGGCUGGGACUCUCAGACAUCAGGGACUCUUAUGAACUUGUAAACCAUGCAAAAACUAUUCCUGAUUCCUUCUACAAGCCUCAAACGUUAUGAGUUCUAGACCCUUAUCCCUCAUUGACCUGCACAAAUUGUUACCAUGCCAACUGAAUGAGCUAAUGAAGAUGUGCUCUCUGCCUACAUAGGAUAGUCACAACUUGG